AUGGAGACGGUGCUGCUGGAGCACUUCCCCGGGGGGCUGGACUCCCUCUCCUCGCCCCCCUACUUCGACGAGGAGGACUUCUUCCCCGAGCCGCCCCCGCGGGACGCGCUGGCCGCCGACGGGCUGCUGGAGCCGGACGUGGACUUCCUCAGCCGGCAGCUGCAGGAGUACUACCGCGACGGCGGCGACCCCGAGGGCGGCUACCGCUGCCCGGCGCCGGCCGCCACCUUCCCGCCGUCGCCCGCCUCGCCCGGCUUCGCCUACGAGUGCUGCGGGGCGGCGGGCGCGGCGCUGCUGUCGCCCGGGGGGCGGCUCCAGGCGCUGGGCUCGGCCAAGCGCCGGCGGCGGGUGCGCUCCGAGGCGGAGCUGCAGCAGCUCCGGCAGGCCGCCAACGUGCGGGAGCGGCGGCGGAUGCAGUCCAUCAACGACGCCUUCGAGGGGCUGCGCUCGCACAUCCCCACCCUGCCCUACGAGAAGCGGCUCUCCAAGGUGGACACGCUGCGCCUGGCCAUCGGCUACAUCAACUUCCUCAGCGAGCUGGUGCAGUCCGACCUGCCGCUGCGCAGCGCCAGCAGCGAGAGCCCCAGCCAGCCCAAGAAAAUCAUCAUCUGCCACCGCGGCACAAGAUCUCCCUCCCCCAGCGACCCCGACUACGGACUCCCCCCUCUGGCCGGUCACUCGCUGUCGUGGACUGAUGAAAAGCAACUCAAGGAACAAAACAUCAUCCGGACAGCCAAAGUGUGGACCCCCGAGGACCCGCGGAAGGUGAACAACAAACCCUCCCUCAACGACAUCGAGAACGAGCCCCCCUUCGACUUCGUGGCGUGA